ACCGCACCGUCACCGUAAGAAUAAGAAGCAUCAUGUCAUGUGUUGAAGAAUUUUCACUCAAAAAAAGCAAACAACUAUAGCGUUAAUUCUAAAAUACCAUCCUACACCCUUUUUCCAUUUCAUUUUCAACUUGUUUGGCACAAGCUUUCAGAUCUAACAACAGAUCCAUUUUCUCGACGUUUCCCGGGAAAAUGGAAAAGUUCAUCGACAACUUACCGCCGAUGGAUCUGAUGCGAUCCGAGAAGAUGACGUUUGUUCAACUCAUCAUCCCUGCCGAAUCCGCUCACCGUGCCGUUUCCUAUUUAGGUGAACUCGGUCUUCUUCAAUUCCGUGAUUUAAAUGCUGACAAAAGUCCUUUCCAGAGAACAUUUGUUAAUCAGGUAAAGCGAUGUGCGGAGAUGUCAAGAAAGCUACGAUUUUUCAAGGAUCAAGUCAAUAAAGCUGGUCUAAUGUCCUCUUCUCGUACUCUAUUGCAACCGGACAUUGACUUGGAGGAUUUAGAGGUACAUCUUGCUGAGCAUGAACAUGAGCUAAUUGAAAUGAACUCCAAUAGUGACAAACUUCGGCAAUCAUAUAAUGAACUUCUGGAAUUCAAGAUUGUAUUACAAAAGGCAUGUGGUUUUCUUAUUUCAAGUCAUGGCCGUGCUGUUUCAGGCGAGAUCGAACUACAGGAUAAUGUAUACUCAAAUGAUGAUUAUAUCGAGACAGCAUCUUUACUUGAACAGGAAAUGAGACCCCAACCAUCAACAUCUGGUUUAAGAUUUAUCAGUGGGAUAAUUUGUAAAUCCAAGGCUCUUAGGUUUGAAAGGAUGUUAUUUCGUGCUACAAGAGGCAAUAUGUUUUUCAAUCAGGCACCAGCUGGAGAGCAAAUCAUGGAUCCUAUUACAACCGAGAUGAUUGAGAAAACAGUAUUCGUUGUGUUUUUCUCUGGGGAACAAGCAAGAACAAAGAUUCUGAAAAUUUGUGAGGCAUUUGGUGCGAAUUGUUAUCCUGUUCCUGAAGAUAUAAGUAAGCACGGGCAAAUAACUAGAGAGGUUACGUCACGUCUUACUGACCUAGAGGCAACUUUGGAUGCUGGGAUCAGGCACCGGAACAAGGCACUAUCUUCCAUUGCAGACCAUCUGGCAAAAUGGAUGGACCUGGUAAGAAGAGAGAAGGCUGUGUAUGAUACGUUGAACAUGUUAAAUUUUGAUGUCACAAAAAAAUGUCUCGUUGGAGAGGGAUGGUGUCCUAUGAUUGCAAAAACACAGAUGCAGGAGGCAUUGCAACGGGCAACUUUUGAUAGCAAUUCUCAAGUUGGCAUAAUCUUCCAUCAAAUGGAUGCAGUGGAAUCCCCACCUACAUAUUUCAAGACCAACACUUUCACAAAUCCGUAUCAGGAAAUUGUUGAUGCAUAUGGUGUUGCAAGAUACCAAGAAGCAAAUCCUGCAGUUUACACAACUGUUGUAUUCCCCUUCCUAUUUGCUAUGAUGUUUGGGGACUGGGGUCAUGGAAUUUGCCUGUUGCUGGGAGCAUUAAUUCUUAUAGCACAUGAAAACAAGCUCAGUACCCAGAAGCUUGGAAGCUUCAUGGAGAUGCUAUUUGGCGGGCGCUAUGUGAUUCUUUUGAUGUCACUAUUUUCAAUCUAUUGCGGGUUAAUCUACAAUGAGUUCUUUUCUGUUCCUUUUCACAUAUUUGGUCCAUCAGCGUUUCGAUGUCGUGAUACUUCAUGCAGCGAUGCACAUACUAUUGGCUUAGUCAAAUACCGUGAUCCAUACCCAUUUGGUGUGGAUCCUAGCUGGCGUGGAAGUCGUUCAGAAUUGGCUUUUCUGAACUCUAUGAAGAUGAAGAUGUCCAUUCUGUUUGGUGUGGCACAUAUGAACUUGGGAAUUAUAUUAAGUUAUUUCAAUGCUCGUUUCUUUGGUAGCUCACUGGAUAUAAGGUACCAAUUUGUGCCACAGAUGAUCUUCCUUAACAGUCUGUUUGGAUAUCUUUCCCUUCUCAUUAUUAUUAAGUGGUGUACUGGCUCUCAAGCAGACCUUUAUCAUGUGAUGAUAUAUAUGUUUUUAAGCCCUACAGACGAACUUGGUGAGAAUCAGUUGUUCUGGGGCCAAAGACCACUUCAAAUUGUGUUAUUGCUUUUGGCUAUAAUUGCAGUUCCAUGGAUGCUCUUUCCAAAGCCUUUUAUACUAAAGAAGCUUCAUACUGAGCGAUUUCAAGGUCGUAGUUAUGGUAUUUUGAAUACUUCUGAAAUGGAUCUUGAGGUCGAGCCAGAUUCUGCCAGGGAACAUCAUGAAGACUUCAAUUUUAGUGAGAUAUUUGUUCACCAAAUGAUUCACUCCAUCGAGUUUGUUUUAGGUUCAGUUUCAAAUACGGCAUCAUAUCUUCGACUUUGGGCAUUAAGUUUGGCUCACUCGGAACUUUCUACUGUUUUCUACGAGAAAGUGUUGCUUCUUGCUUGGGGGUAUGACAAUCUCAUCAUUCGGUUAGUGGGGCUAACUGUUUUUGCCUUUGCAACUGCCUUUAUAUUACUUAUGAUGGAGAGUCUCAGUGCUUUUCUUCAUGCCCUACGGCUUCACUGGGUAGAAUUUCAAAAUAAAUUCUACCACGGUGAUGGCUACAAGUUCAAGCCUUUUUCAUUUGCUGCUUUAACAGAGGACGACGAUUGAUCCAUCGUAUCUAACUUGCUUUUUCGGCAAAUAAUACGAAAUUAUAUUUGCACGAGUGAAAGAAGCACAAGAUGAGAAUUUGUAGAAAUCUAAUUUAAUGGUUACAGUUGUUAGGUUUGCCUAAUGAUAUGCUGCUUGAUAUGGACCUAGCAACAACAAAAAAUCUUGCAUAUUUUUCUGUGGCUUCAACUGUAUAACAGAUCACACUGCCAAUGAUCAUGGAAGACAUCUGCAUCUGUAACAGAAUAUCUACUUUGUAGUUUUUUUUUUUCUUCAAAAUUUAGAAUAGGAAACAGGAAGAGAUAAGGGAAUUUUCUGACUAAUUUUUUGUAAUUAGGAGCUGAGAUUCAUCAUAGAAUGUAGCUAUUGGAUUUUUGGGGUUGCAUACAUACAUGAUGUAGCACAGGUUUUGCUGAGAAACAAACAAUAUCUCUGAAAUUUUCUUGUAUUGAUAAAAUAAUAAGUUAGAGCCCCAUUGUUUUUGUACGGAUUUGUUAUCAUAGUAAAAUAUAGAAAUCUGAAGCUGAAUAAUGCCAUAUUUUCUGGAA